AUGUCACGAUUGGAAUCUAGUGAUAAUCAAGUUGAUCCGGAAAGGGGUAUGCCUAGCGGAGGCAACGGCAGCGGGGAUUCUCUUAUACAUGAAGGAGGAACUAGCGCUGGACAAAGCUGGAUACCAAAGCACCUUUUUCCAUGUGUUGGGAAACAAUCAAACACACCUAAACCUAGACUGCCAGGAGUUAUAGUACCUAAGACUCUGAAAGAAUAUGCCAAGGGCUAUCCACGACUCGCAGCCUUUCUUGACAUUGAUGAAAACUUCAUGCUCUAUCGGCGCUUCGGGGUUUUGCAAGCCCGCAUAUUGCUUUACAAGCAAGAUGAGCUUAGAGGGCUGGAAGAGAAGCUUGAUCGAAAAGAUAAAGUGCACUCCGACCCAGAACUUCUAUUGUCCAGAGAGAGACAGGACCAAGGUGGUGAAUCCAGGAAGGAACUCAUGCGUGAGAUUGGAGAAGCCUUUAAAGAUUAUGCACAACUCUUAGCUAUCGCGAGGGACAUCGCUACCUUGAGCCAACCACCGCCAAGCGAUUAUAUGAGUGUUUACAAUUAUUUUCAACAAAACCGGCCCCUUUGCCAAGAAGAAGCGCAUAUAUACCACCAAGAGGAUCUUGUGGCCCUAAAACCAGCGAGGGAACACUCCUGCCUCGACUCCUUGGUCGAGAAGAUGUUCCGAAAGCUCCGCCCCAACACUCGGAUCCAUGAUCGACGGGGGGCACACACAGGCUCCACAGAAAAGGGCCUUGUCCUGUUUGACAUCGACCGGGUCAAUAGGGUCGUAUCUAUAAUUGUCACAAUGGCGGUCGUCGGACUCCUGAUGGCACCCGUAUGUCCGCUCUGGAAACUGACCAGAGAACAGACCAAAAUUUCAAUAGGUAAGACAAUUGCGGUCAUGUUUGGUUUUACCUCAGUAUUUUCCGGCAUGCUUUUUCUGGUCACAAGAGCGAAACGGCAGGAGAUUAUGAGUGCAGCUGCAGCGUACGCUGCGGUGCUUAUGGUGUUUUUGGGGAGCCAGGUUUCUCCCACAAAUGGCGGCUGA